UCGAGUCGACGAUAUGGUGCAUCUCUUCAAGAUUAAUUGCCUUCAUCUGAUUAUAUUCUCUGUUGUUUAUUUCGAACCGAGAUGCAACGCAGAGAUGCAAUUAGAAGCGACGGUCGAUCAGGUGCUCGACGCGGCUCGUCAAGCAGUUACGAGUGUCGUCGACACUGCUCAAGGAGUCGUUAACGGAGCCAUAGACACUGCCAAGAAUACCGUAAUCGGCGAAAUCAACGUGGUGCAGGACGUCGCCAAGCUUGCAAUACAGACUGGACGCGGAGCCGUUGAAAUCGGCGGAAAUUACGUGGUCGGACUGCUCAAUGCUACAGGAUAAAAUUAACGAUUCCGCCAACUAGACCAUGUCGCUGUUCUU